GGCGACGUGGACCAGGUGCGCAUGACCUCGGAGGGCUCCGACUGCCGCUGCAAGUGCAUCCUGCGGCCGCUGAGCAGGGACGCGUGCAGCCGGGUGCGCAGCGGGCAGGCGCGCGUGGAGGACUUCUACGCGGUGGAGACGGUGAGCUCGGGCUCCGACUGCCGCUGCUCCUGCACGGCGCCGCCCGCCUCGCUCAACCCCUGCGAGAACCUGUGGAAGAUGGAGAAGCUCAAGAAGCAGGCGCCGGAGCUCCUCAAGCUGCAGUCCAUUGUGGAUCUCCUGGAGGGCACCCUCUACAGCAUGGACCUGAUGAAGGUGCACGCCUACGUCCAGAAAGUGGCCUCCCAGAUGAACAUGCUGGAAGAGAGCGUCAAGACCAACCUGAGCCGGGAGAAUGAGGUGGUACGGGAGAGCAUGCGCCACCUCUCGGAGCAGCUGCAACACUAUGAGAACCACUCGGCCAUCAUGCUGGGCAUCAAGAAGGAGCUUUCCAGCCUGGGCCUCCAGCUGCUGCACAAGGACCAAGCCACUGGCCCUGCUGCUGCCCCGGCUACCGACCUUGACAGCAAGUCUCAGGACACAGCUGGGGAGAAAGGCAAGGACACCAACAAAUACGGUGGCGCACAGAAGACCUUUGUCGACAGGGGCCUCCCCAAAGCCCCUAAGGAGAAGCGGCUGAAGACAGAGAAUCUCAGGAAGGAGGGCAGUAAGGGCCGAUUCCCCCAGCCCACAGCCAAGUCCCGGGCCCUGGCCCAGCAGCAGGCAGUGAUCCGAGGCGUCACCUACUACAAGGCGGGCGGGCAGGAGACAACCAAGGCUGUGGCUGAAAAUGCCCUCAGGGGAACUUCCUGGCUGGAGCAGCUGCCACCCAAGGUGGAGGGCAGGCCACCUGAGCCCAACUCAACAGAACAGAAUGAGGCUGCACCUAAGUCUUCAGAGGGAGCAGACGUGACCCCUGGCACCACCACCUUGGAUCCCACCACCACCUCUACUCCGGCUCCCACCACCACCUCUACUCCGGCUCCCACCACCAGUCCCCUGCCCACAGUGUCACCUUCACGCCCAGAAGUCCCCAGCCAAGGCAGAGAAGCAAGCUGUGAGGGCACCCUUGGGGCCGUGGAUGCGCCCGUGAGGCAUCAUAGCUACGGUCGCCAUGAGGGUGCCUGGAUGAAGGACCCCAAAGCGAAGGAUGACAAGAUCUACGUCACUAACUACUACUAUGGAAACAGUCUGGUGGAGUUCCGAAACCUGGAAAACUUCAAGCAAGGCCGGUGGAGCAAUAUGUACAAACUGCCCUACAACUGGAUCGGCACGGGUCACGUGGUGUACCGGGGCGCCUUCUACUACAACCGCGCGUUCACCAAGAACAUUAUCAAGUACGACCUGCGGCAGCGCUUCGUGGCCUCCUGGGCGCUGCUGCCCGACGUGGUGUAUGAGGACACCACGCCCUGGAAGUGGCGCGGCCACUCGGACAUCGACUUCGCUGUGGACGAGAGCGGCCUGUGGGUCAUCUACCCCACCGUGGACGAUCGCGACCAGGCCCAGCCCGAGGUGAUCGUGCUGAGCCGCCUGGAUCCCGAGGACCUCUCGGUGCACCGGGAGACCACGUGGAAGACGCGGCUGCGGCGCAACUCCUACGGGAACUGCUUCCUGGUGUGCGGCAUCCUGUACGCGGUGGACACUUACAACCAGCCCGAGGGCCAGGUGGCCUACGCCUUUGACACGCACACGGGGACCGACGCGCGGCCCCAGCUGCCCUUCCUCAACGAGUAUGCCUAUACCACCCAGGUCGACUACAACCCCAAAGAGCGGGUGUUGUACGCCUGGGACAAUGGCCACCAGCUCACCUACACCCUCCACUUCGUAGUCUGAGCAGGGACCUCUGCCCUCUCAGGAGAAGGGGUAGCAAUGAGGUCUGGGGGUUUCCCACAGUGAUUCCUUCUAAGGACCCUGUCCACAAAUAUUUAUUGGGUGCCAAGCCCCGGGCUAAGUGCUAGGCACGGGCCAUUGCAGCCGAGAUAGAGUUUCUUUAGUAGCCCGUGGCUAAUGGCUUCCACUCUAACGCUGCGCCAGAGCGCCAAGUGUUUACCUGCUGACCCCUUAGAGGUACCGGGCCUCUCCCUAGUUCACAGACAGGAGGUUGAGGCGCCAGCGAGUCGGAGGCCCCGCCCCCUUUGCAGAAAGUCUUCGUUGGGUCCUGCACGUGAGUUUGUCCACAGGUUCGCAGAGGAGGAGACUGGAUCCCCUGGCUCUCCCACCCUCUAGCACGGAGCCUGCCUUGUUUUCACGCUUUUCUCUCAUUUCUCAGGACCAUGCAAGACCCGAGGCCUUUGGGGAAAGUGUCUGUGUGGGGCGAGGGAAGGGGGCAAAGCCCGAGGCCUGGGCCUGCUGGUGGCCCUGGACCCAUAUCCAUACCAGCCCCCAGCCCCCACUCCUCCUCUGGCCUACCCCACCCCAUCAGCUGCCCAGCCACAUUCCAAACUCGCCAUCACUCAACCAGUGAGUAGGAAACACACCCUGAGAGAAAUUUCUGGUUCCUUUGCCAGGGCCCCCUCCCUUCAGUUCUCCGUCGUGUUUUCUGCCGUUCUUCACCAGUGCCGUCAUUUGUUUCUGCUGCAGCAGCUGAGAUGGCUUCAGGCAGCUGCCUGCCCAGCAGCUACUCCACCAGGGUGGGGAGAUGGGCCGGAUCCCAAGGCUCCCUCUCCACCCAGAGCCCUUGCCUUUGGUCACUUACUGCUUUAGCCUCCUUCCUGGUCCCUCUCGGAACCUGUGGGCCUUGACUCUCCUCUCUGGGCCUUUGAACCCACAACCUCUACACACUCAGGGAUCAUUCUAGGUCUGCCGUGAGCUAGGCCUGAGGCUAGGGUGGUACCAGAAUGGGGCAGGUCCCCUCUUGUCAUUUGGUGGGCUGGCCCAGCAGGCAGUGGGGGUUGGGAAAGUAAGAAGGUUUGGGAGAGGCGUUGAUCCUUCUGGUUACAGGCCUGACGGCAGGGGCAAAAAGGAAAGGAAGGGCUAGAGGCCCACGGAUAGGGCAUGUCCUGGCUUCAGAGGGGCUGACUGAGGAGGCAAGCGGGGACCACUUCACCAGGUGCUGCUGAUGGGCCUCGGAAGCCACAGACCCGGCAGCCCACAAUGACAAGACCCUCAAGACAGCCCCUCACCCAUGUUGGGCAGUAUUUUUAUCGCUGGGAAGCAGCUAUCUAAUCCCAUUGCCUGUUUUACCAAUAUGGGGAUAGGCGCAUAAAUGUCAUGCUGGGAACAGGUCACAUGCACUCUUGCUUCAGGAGAGCUUUCGUCUCAGAAAUCCACGGGGCCAGUUCUUAUCCUCCCUAGAGGGUCCCUAUGAGUCAGAAGCAGCAUGCUGGCAGUGGGUUUGGUUUGGGGUUUGGUCUAGAUCCUUUAUCCUCCUGACUUUGGGGCAGCUCAGCCUAGGGAACCAGUAGACCAUCUAGCACCCAAGGCGCCCCAGCACCUGAGAAGGGUGUUUACUGCUGGACUUUACACAUCCCCUGGACCCUCCCUUGCCACCAUGCUCACUAUCUCUAUACCAGCUACCGUGUUACUGAUGUCAGCGGCACACCGCUCCAGGCCAAAGAAGAGCAGAAGGCCUCCACGUGACGCAGUGUGUUUUGUGUAGAAUACAUUUCUCUCGGGCAUCGUCAGGUGCCCUUGUUUUGUUGAAGCUGUAACCCACCCCUAAAACGAAGGGAAUGAUGACGCCAAGUGAGGCCUGACUCAUAGUGGUAGACACCUCCAGCUCCCUCACCCAGUCGGCCACUGCUGAUCCACUUCAGGGAGCCGAGUGCUCUCCGCCGGUCCCUGGGCUCUGGGUGUGGGUUUGACAAGACUGUCUCCGCGAUAUCACAGCCCAUCCAUGGGAGGAGUGUUCAGGCGCAUCUUCAUUCAUCUGAAAAAGGGAACGUUAGUUAGCACGGGCUGAGCAGGCAGGACAAGGAGCGCCAUCAGAAACGAUGUGCCUACAGCCCCCAAACAUUCCCAUAACUCCCUCGGCUUCCAGGCCCUUGGAUGUGGUCUGUGGUGGGUACAGUGUCUUCAUCUUACAGGUCAGACCGGAUCUAGGAGAGGUUGAGUCGCCUGUCACGUGAUGCAGGAAAUGGAGAGGCAGGUCCUAAAGGCAGGUAUCUUAACUGUCAUUGCCAACUGAGCACCUGCAACAUCUAUUAGAACAGCAGUGGAAGGUGUAUCCUGAGUGUGCCCAGUGGACAGGUGAGAAAACAGGUGAAGAGCCUUACCAAAGAUCCCACAGCCGUUGAGUUCACAGCAGGUGGGAUUUCAGGGCUGGUUGGUUCUUUAGCCACUCUGUGAUACCCCUCUGAUGGCAACCCUGGAAGUGGCCUUUGUCUUAAUCCAGACAUCAACUGCAAAGAAGAGGCCCACGGAGGGAGGAGGGGUCAGCUUGGAAAGAGCCUUAAAUGCCUAGCCAAGGAGUGACUGCCUCUAAGCAUGUUCAGAACAGAGUGAAGUAUAAAUGCAGAGAGAGCAGCAAAUGCUCUGAUAAUUGAUCUUAUCCUGACUGACGGGAGGCAGGGUGGUCGUCCAAGGAAAGCUGAUCCGCAUCAGCUUUAUCUCACAGCCCCUGGGUUUUGAUUGCCUGUGUCAACAGCUCCUUCAAACAACGAAGGGCCUGGAGUGGCAAGGGCCAGCGUCUCUCUACUGACCUCGAUUGUCAGGGCGAAGGAAAUGGGGCUCGGGUGUUUCUGAACCACGGAAUACACAAAGGGGCUCUGCCCACUGCCUCUGACUCCUCUCUGGAGAGCUCCAGGCCUGGAAUGCAAAGACUAGGGAGGACAGCAGGAACUCCCUCCCUGCCUUGGAAGGUGGCAUGAGAGGUGAGGCCAGUGGUUUUCCCGGGGAGUAAUUUUAUGGCUCUCAAAUUGCCCCAAGAAGCUCAGCCCCAUCCCCCAUCCCUGAUUGUCUGCAGCAUUGGGAAUCACUCUGGCAACAGAAGGACACAGCUCUGGGUAGGAUUCACACAGCCCUGAGUUUGAAUGUGUUUAACAUGCUACCCAUAUGGGUGAGGUCCAGCAGCUCAGGGUAGAGAUGCUAACUCUUAUAAUGAAGGACAUGUACCUUAGUGAGGUCAAGGGGCAGCAGAGGGCCUGAGCAACACUCUCCUGGGGCUGAAGAGCCCAUUGUGUACAGGAACCCCCAAAGCCAGCAAUAUUUUCUCCAUUUCGAAUGAAGUCAAGCAAGCUGCUCAGGGUCAUGUACUGAACAAGCAGUGGGGCCCAGAUUUAAACCAGGUUUGUCCUCACCCAAACCCUAAACUACCUGUUGUUAAGAAUUUGUAACCAGUGUUUUCUUUGCUCUGACCACUGGGAAGCUCAAAGUCAAAUUUGAGAUCCUUUUUAACAACUGUAUUGAGUCUCCUGCUGGGCUUUGCUUCGUUUUGGCAUCCUGUGUUUACCUGACUCUGGUCUUUGUAUGCUCAUUCUAUUGUAUUUUAUGUAUUUUUAUAAGUUGCCACGAUACCUUUUUGCAACAAGGUGGCAUUUACCUAAAUAAAACAUAGUCCAAA